AUGGAGCUUCCGCAGCGGCGAACUGAAAUUCUAUGGGCUGAUUUUUCUUCCAAUUGGAUUGAGUUAAGGGGCUCAAAGCCCAAUUGUUUAUCUAGCCCAAGCCCAAAUCAGAGCCCUAUUCGUUCCCAAAAAUUUCUGGAGAAAUUAACGACAACUGAAGUUUCUACCUCACCGGCGAAAGUUUCAGCUAGGCGUAGACGAGGAGCCAUGGCGGAAGCGAACCAAAAUACGAACCCGAAUCCAGCCCCAAGCGGCGGCGAAACUCCACUGAAUGUGACUAUUUACAUCAACAACCUCAAUGAAAAAAUCAAGCUAGAAGAGCUGAAGAAAUCGAUGCACGCUGUGUUCUCACAGUUUGGUAAGAUACUUGAGGUUUUAGCAUUCAAAACCCUAAAGCAUAAAGGACAGGCGUGGGUAGUGUUUGAGGAGGUUUCUUCUGCUAGCAAUGCACUUCGCCAGAUGCAGGGUUUUCCUUUCUACGACAAGCCUAUGAGAAUACAAUAUGCAAAGACGAAAUCUGAUGUUGUAGCAAAAGCUGAUG